AUGCUGAAACAGACUAGCAAGAGGAGAAAUUCUUGGAGCUACACACAAUGGAGUACUCUGGAGAGUGAGGGCCCUCCAGGCACUAGGACCAACCAACACCGCAGGAGCAUCUGCUCCGCAGGAGCUCGUUCAGGCUCCCAGGCCAGCAUCACACCGUGGACCGAGGUCAGUUUUAACUACUACAUCGAGGAGGAUGACGACAGCGGGGAAGAGGAAGAGUGGAAGGACAACCUUGCCAAAGAGGACCAGCAGCCAGGGGAGAUCACCACCGCCCAGUUGGAUGGCCACGCGGACAUUCCAGCCCAGUUGUCCAUGCUGAAUGUGAAUGUUGGCGGCCACAGCUACCAAUUAGACUACUGCGAAUUGGCCAGCUACCCCAAAACACGCCUGGGCCGCCUGGUUACCUCCAGGAGCCGCAGCCGCCAGCUGGGCCUGUGCGACGAUUAUGAGGCAAAGACUGACGAGUACUUUUUCGAUCGCGAUCCAGAUGUCUUCCAGCUCAUCUACAACUUCUACACAUCAGGGGUGCUGAUCGUGCGUGACGAGCUGUGCCCUCGUAGCUUUCUGGAAGAGCUGGGCUACUGGGGUGUGAGGCUCAAGUACACGCCACGCUGCUGCCGCAUUUGCUUCGAGGAGCGGCGCGAUGAGCUGAGCGAACAGCUCAAGAUCCAACGCGAGCUGCGUGCACAGGCACAGGCAGAGGAGGCCGAGGAGCUCUUCCGCGACAUGCGCUUCUACGGACCACAGCGGCGCCGCCUCUGGAACCUCAUGGAGAAGCCCUUUUCAUCGGUGGCUGCGAAGGCCAUGGGGGUGGCCUCCAACCUCUUCGUGCUCAUCUCAGUGGUGACGCUGACGCUCAACACCGUGGAGGAGAUGCAGCAGCAGGCAGAGCAGGGCACAGGCGGUGACCCGGGGCCCAUUCUGGAGCACGUGGAGAUGCUGUGUGUGGCUUUCUUCACGCUCGAGUACUUGCUGCGCCUUGCCUCCACACCAGACCUGCGACGUUUUGUGCGCAGCGCCCUCAACCUGGUGGACCUGGUGGCCAUACUGCCGCUUUACCUGCAGCUGCUGCUGGAGGGCUUCACUGGCGAGGAUCAGGGGUACGGCAGGGGCUCACCACACGAGCAUGACCUGGAGACUGUGGGCCGCGUGGGCAAGGUGGGCCAGGUACUGCGCAUCAUGCGCCUCAUGCGUAUCUUCCGCAUCCUCAAGCUAGCUCGCCACUCCACCGGACUGCGCGCUUUUGGCUUCACAUUGCGCCAGUGCUACCAGCAGGUGGGCUGCCUCCUGCUCUUCAUCACCAUGGGCAUUUUUACCUUCUCUGCAGCUGUCUACUCCGUGGAGCAUGAUGUGCCUGGCACCAACUUCACCAGCAUCCUCCAUGCCUGGUGGUGGGCCGCGGUGAGCCUCUCCACUGUGGGUUAUGGAGAUAUGUGCCCAGAGACCCACCUAGGCAGGCUCUUUGCCUUCCUCUGCAUUGCUUUCGGGAUCAUUCUCAAUGGGAUGCCCAUUUCCAUCCUCUACAACAAGUUCUCCGACUACUACAGCAAGCUCAAAGCUUAUGAAUAUACAGCCAUACGUAGGGAGAGGGGAAACGUGGAUUUCAUGCAGAGAGCCAGAAAGAAGAUGGCUGAGUGUCUGGCUAGAAGCAAUGCACAGCCCAACCCAAGGCAAGAGAAUAAUUCAUAG